GCCCAGAAGCAACAUGGCGGCGUUUGGUACAUCCCAUUCCGCUAGUGACAAGCAACCUGCAAGUUCGGCCCCAGAUAAAAUGCCUGAAGUUGUUCGUGGCCAAAUUUUCGAUGUCGCCCCGAGGUAUACUGGCCUUGCAUACAUCGGGGAAGGGGCCUAUGGUAUGGUAUGUUCUGCCACAGACGCAAAGUACCUCGGUUUAAAAGUUGCGAUCAAGAAAAUCAGUCCAUUUGAGCAUCAGACCUACUGUCAGCGUACUCUGAGAGAAAUCAAGAUUCUCACACGGUUCCGACAUGAAAAUAUUAUCAACAUUCAAGAUAUCAUCCAUGCAAACUCCAUUGAUGAAAUGAAAGAUGUCUACAUUGUGCAGAGUCUUAUGGAGACAGAUUUGUACAAACUCUUGAAGACACAGAAACUGAGUAACGACCACAUAUGCUACUUCCUGUACCAGAUCCUGAGAGGUCUGAAGUAUAUCCACUCGGCCAACGUGCUACAUCGAGAUCUCAAACCCAGUAACCUACUGCUUAAUACUACAUGUGAUCUGAAGAUUUGUGAUUUUGGUUUAGCCCGGAUAGCCGACCCAGUCCACGACCAUACAGGGUUCUUAACGGAGUACGUAGCCACUCGAUGGUACAGAGCUCCAGAGAUCAUGCUAAACUCCAAAGGGUACAACAAAAGCAUUGAUAUCUGGUCUGUGGGAUGCAUCUUGGCUGAGAUGCUCAACGGGAAACCUAUCUUCCCUGGGAAACAUUACUUGGAUCAAUUGAAUCACAUUCUUAAUGUUCUUGGAUCACCGUCUUCUGAGGAUCUUGGCUGUAUUCACAAUGAUAAAGCUCGUGGUUACAUGCAGUCACUACCACACAAACCUACAGUACCUUGGAAGAGACUCUAUGGACCAGUAGAUCCUAAAUCUUUGUCACUUCUUGAUCGGAUGUUGACGUUCAAUCCAGAUAAGAGGAUAACAGUUGAAGAUGCAUUGAAGCAUGAUUACUUGGAGCAGUACCAUGACCCCACCGAUGAGCCUGUGGCAGAAGAACCUUUUAAGUUUGAGACGGAGCUGGACGAUCUUCCCAAAGAGGAACUGAAAGAACUGAUCUUUGCAGAAGCCACAAAGUUUGCACUUUUACCAAGAAAUGAUAUGAAUGAAGGAGAAAUGAGUUAAGGAGACAGUGAGUCCCAACAUCGCAUAUAGAACACAUAUUUGUUUAUUGUCAGGAACCGGUUGUAGCCGGUUUGAUCUGGAUCUGACUGGUUUUAACCACUUCUGAUUUUUGUUUAGUAGAAUGAGAUCAGGUCAUCUUGUAUGUUGUUUCCACAUGUCAUUUGUAUAAUGUGGGCAAACCAGUUCUUGCAGAUUUGUAAACUCAUCGGGUCCCAAUUUCAAAAAACUGUUAAGCAGAAAAUUUUGCUGAGACAAUUUUUAGCAUACGCAGGAAACCAGUCACAUAUAUAUUACAUUGUAUUCGGGCUGGUAACCUGUUUCUGCUUAGUCAUCUGAUUCUUUUUGGUAAGCAUUUAACUUGUAUUAUUUUUCUGCGUAAGAGCUUUUCUGAAAUUGUUCCCGCGAAAGUAAAGCGAUACUGUAGUCUUGUGUUGCUUUUAACCUUAGAUAAUCUUGAUCACUGCAAGAUGAAGCUUUUCAACAAAACACACAGAUAGGGCUUAUCUCAAAUCGUUUGCUAGUUUUGUGUGCCAGUUGCCAUUAAGGUUGACGGCCUGGUCACACAGGCCUCGAUAACGUCAAAGACAACGAGAAUGUUAACAAUGCACGCCCUCGAUUGGUUGAAUGAGCGUGGGCGUAUUCUGCGUGGAGCAUGUCAACCAAUAGAAAGUGUUCUCUUUGUAUUGUGAUUGCUUCGUUGUCGCUGCAGUGUGACUUGGCCUCUACGGUUAUUUGUCAGGACUACCUGUGAGUGUUUUGGUCCGAUGGUGACAGGUUUUGUUGUGAAGCAAAAAAGAUGAGCUGGACCACUUGUAAAUAAAGGUUUAAUGAGGAGUUUAAGUGGGGUGGGGUAGUGGGGGGCUGCAUGUGUAACAAGAUUCGUUCAUUGUUUCAUUGAUUCUUUGACAUGGUUUGGGAGAGGUUGUAUUAUUAGAAACUGUAAGUGAUUCUUGUGAAGCUUACGUUGGCCACAUGACAAGGUUAAGUUGAAAUUUUGGGAUAUUUUUGGUUUUGGAUUGAAUUUAUUUUUUGAUAAGCAGUGCUUCUGUCACCAGACAUAAAUAUCGUGGACUGUAAAGAUAGGAUUAUUUCAGUUCGGAUUUGAAUAGAAUAUGUUAAGACAGAAUGAUUUUUGUCAAAUCGAUGAACUCCAAAUGUUCAGUUACCUGAAUCUGAUGCAUGCAUGAUGCUAUUUGGCAUUGUGGUAAAACUUCUUCAACAUGAAGUUGUUUGAGGUGGUUUGAACUAGAUUGAACCGCUUUGCACUGGUUUGAUUUGGAAUUGUUUGGAAUGAGCUACACCAACAAAGAGUGGUUUUGGAAUGGUUUGAUCUGCACUGGUUACAGGAGAGGAUACUAUGUUUUUAUUAGAUAAUUCAGAUACUAGAACCUUUUUGUUAUAAACUUUAAUAAAAACAAAACUUUAGCUACAUGUAUUACAUAAUAAUAAGAGUAUAUAUAUGAAUUUGAGGUUGUUUAAAAGAAGACUAGGGUUUACAUGCAUGAUGUAAAAGCAAAGAAGGUAUAACAGAAAGUGAGCUUACAAAGACAGUAUAAACAGAGUGUAUUUGGCUACAACUGAAUGCCAAUUUUAGGAGUAACUGUUAUGUGUAGGAAGCUUGAUACAGCUGAUGUUCAAGCCAUAGCUCUUAUUUUUGGCAAUUGCUUUACCUUCGCUUAUCUUUGAAGAUUUGAAAAGAAGAGUCGAGGGAGACUUAAACUGUUGAAAUGAGACAUGCUUUUGAAUGUAAGAAAUUUGGAACUGGUUUAGAGAUUUUCUACGGUAUUUGAUCUUGUAUAAGAUAUGAUCUAUUAAUAUUAUAUUACUAGCAUUUUGAAAGUUGUCAAUCUUUUUUGUGUGUUUUAUUUCCUUUUUUUCUGUCUGUUUAUGGCAACGCAGCUGUUACUUGUGAAUCUGCUGAGAAAAGAUGAAUAUAUUUUACUGCAAUUUGUGUAGCGUUUCACUACCAGAUAGUGUGCAGAUUUGGUGUCUGAUGUUUAUUUAGCACCUUACAAGAAAUACUUAGCACCAGAAAAGGUCUGUUUGAUAUCUUGGUAGGUUAUGUUUUAUACUUUAUGAAGGUGUUUUUUUGGUGUGAGGUGAAAUGGGUGUAUACCAUCUUACUUUUUGUAAGAGAGAGAUUAAUUUCUAGAUGCAAAAUUUUAAUUCCUUCCCGUUCGAAAAAACUCUACCUUCUGCUCUAACCAACACCUGUACAUUUAUCAAGUAAUUUUAAAUGUCUCCAAUUGAUAAACUUUUGAAGCUCGUUUGAUGUACCAUAGUAUUUGAUAUACCUUUGAUGUCUAUACCUCAUCAAAUAUUUAUAUUUUGUAGAUAUUCUCAAAAAGGUUUUCAAGUAUUUAAGGUUCUAUCUGAAGUAGGACAAAUUUAAGCAUGCUUGUGAUUAUGGACUAUUGCAGAUACAGUCUUGAUUUGCGACGUUAAUUUUGUUAAACGUAGUCACCAAUAUUGCAACACAAAUUACUGUCUGCAAUACGAAUGAUUGGAGAAAAGACAGUAUCACAUGAACAUCUGGCUCAAAACAAUUCAGCAUCAUAGACUUGCCCAGUCCUUCCGAGUCAGCCUCCCAAACCUUUGAUUGUGCACCCAAUGACUAUUGAUGACUAAUACAAAAUACAGCGACGCCAAUCAAGACUGUUACAAAGACGGAGAGAGGCCUCGAAAGAUUUUCAGUUUCAUCUUAGACUCUAACUACAGAACAGCCAUUUUGUUUUCUCUUCCAUUUAGUCAAUGUGUCCAAAGUGAGGCUUGAAGUGAUUUUAGUCUGGUCCCCAUUUUAUGUGAUGAGAAUGAGUAUUUGCAAUUGUUUGUGAGGUACAAGGAGCACUACAACGGUCUGUUAGGUACAAUCAAUUAUCCUGAGAACUGAGUUCUUAUCAGGAAGUCAAUGAUGAUCGAGUUUUUCAUAACUCUAAAAGCGAGUAUUCAAAACAAAAUAGUUGAACAUAGUUGCAGCCCAAAGUUGAACAUACUGACUCAAACAAACUAUCACCUCCCACCUUUGCCCCCAUUGUAACUUUUUUAGUCUCUUUUUUCAUAAAGGAAAAACCCUCCUGUCUUUUCCCUAUGCUGUAUAAAAGCAUCAUGACUGACCAAAUUUGAAGUUUAUAAGAGCCUGUACAUAGAUUUACAGAAACAAAAUAUUAACUGUGGUAGUGAAUUCUCUAUAAUGUAUAUUUACAUUAAGUACACAUACAUGUAGUGACGCACUGGUAUAUUUUGUGUUCUUAAAAAAUAGUGUUUAAGUACUAAUUAGUAAAGCUAACCGAAUAUACACUAAUCAACGUCAGUUUUUAUUGCAGAUACAGAAAAUGAACAAAUACUUGUACAUGUAAGAAGUCAUUAGUUUACAAAAUGAGAGGUUCAGAUACAUCAUUGUUUUUUUUUUAAGAAAGGGGAGGGAUAUAAUAAUAGAGUUUAAUUCACUUAUAUUGUGAAACAUAGUGAAGUUGCUGUUAUCGGAAUGUAGCCAUUUUUGUUGGUUUCAUCUUUGUGUUAUCAAAACAAGGCUGGGAUUAAUAAUAGUCUGGUACAAUUUCAUGGAAUCAGAAUUAUUCUCAUCAUUGCCAUCAAGUACACAGGGUAUCAGACCAAGAUUGCAGCAUUCUGAUGACACAUAUAAUUAAUGAUUAAUUGAAGCACCUCUAAGCCCCGCCCACCUUAGCAACUGCCAGACAACAUCAGUGAUUAAAAAGCCAACACUCACCCAAAAAAGCUUAUGGUUUUUAAAAUGUUCUGAUGUUUGUCUUUAAUUUCCAUCAUCUUGGUAAUUUUUUGCCAGUUUUUAUGGGCGGGGCUUCUUGAAUUCAACCUGUUGUCUAAAACGAUACGUUCAAAACAAGAGUAAAGCAGAUUCUUAAACUUGUGGAUCAUCCAGCAAUUUCAAACUUGAGAUUUUUUCUGUGAUACUUGCAUAUCACUGGCAACCAUGUUAACGGUCCCACCCGAGUGACAUGCAUAUGAUAUCUUUCACAGGACUUGGGGGAAAGUACUGAGUAUAUACAGUGCUAACACACAUCGGUGUAUGGGUAAAAACGAAACUGAUGUUAACGGUUGUUGAAAAUACAGAUACAAAGACAAUUUUUUCAAAACGUAUUUUGUAGGAAGACGCAAAUUGAAAAAUGUUUCCAUUUAAAUGAAUUUUGAAUUUCAAAACUGUUUGUGUAGAUACAUAACAAUUCAUUAUAGUGUUUUUUUAUAUUCAUAUUGUGCAGAAUUGUCUGAUAAUUUCGUAGCCUUUUCUUACGUAGAUUGUUCAAAUAAUAAUGGAAAUUUCAAUCUUAAGCUUUAUGGGUUUUAUUAAAAACUGUUUCUGUCUGAUCUUCAAACAUACCGAGAUGUAUUCCAGAUAAUUUCAGACAUUGAAAAGCAACCUUUUUGCACACUGCAUUUUUCAAUUCACAAUAAGCUUGUACCUCUCGAUAUUUCUUCAUGCGCAGAUGCGCAAAAAUGCGCAAAAUUAUCCUGUUUGUAAACAUACAAUGGCCAGAACUAGAGGGCGCUGCUUAUAUAAGAAGGAUUCAAACUAAUAAAUGCCUCAUCUUGCAUUCAGUCAUUUAAAGGCUGAGAAUGUCUGAAUUUUUCUGAAGCAAUGGAAUCUUGGAAGAGUCUAAACAAUAAUCUUGUUAAGUGUAAUCAAACGCAGCUCGGCGCUUCCGUAGCAUAACAGCUCAACUCAAAUAUUUUUUUUUUUUUAAUAUAAGAUCAAGUCUUGGUAAUUUUAGGGUGUUUUUUUCAUUUCACAGUUUCAGAGGCAUAUAACGUAUGAUUGGAAUAAUCAUGUCUUAUCUUGGCCACUGUUAUACUUUUGUCCUGGUAUAGCAAAAUGUUUUCUUAAAAUGUAAUUUUUCGAGUUGGAUCGUUUUGCUAUGGAAGUAGCUGUGCAACUGGGCAAUGACUUUGGUACACCUCAGAAAGGUCAAACAUUAUAGCAUUGAAAGACUGCCUGUACAAAAAUCAUUACAUUAUUUCUGCCAUCAUUCAAUAUGUUUUAAUUAUAUUAAACAUUUAUCUACAUAAUUCAUAAGAUUACUAUUGUGUAUGAUGUUGACCACAAAUUUUGCAGCAGUUUCAACUGUGUUAGUGCAUUGUAUAACAACUAGAAGUAAAUUCAAAAGUAUUAAAUAGAAAUUUGAUUUUUAUACGUUAAGUGGUUUAUAAACUUUUGGGUUAAGGUAAACUUUUAUGUAUGGAAGGGAGGGACUCAACAUUUCAUUUUUUUUUUUACAAAAUACUAAUCCAUUUUUUAGAUUUAUGAUCAAAAUGACAUUUUUGCAAUAGAAAACAUUUUCUUACCUUUCCAGUGUUAGAAGUAUUUAUUCCCAAUAUUUAAUUGUGGCGAUGUUUUACUCCACACUGUUUUACAUUGAUUAAACUACAAGACUAUAGUCUCUGUCUAUUAGAAUUACACUAGGAGACUUUCCAACACUAGGUGGCAGCAGACUUACCAAGUAAAUUUCCAUUUUUUACGUAGUUCUGAACAUGCGCAGAAUUCUGAGAACAAUGGCUUUACCUGGUAAGUCUGCUGCCACCUAGCAUCCCAGAAAGACUCCGAUUAAAAGUCCAUUCAAGCAUUCUUGGUAAAAAAAUGGUAUGCAGAAAGUUAAAUUUGUAGCUUUUGUUUACCGUAAUCAAGGAUAGUUUGUUUUCAAAAUUUCUUGUUAUUUUCAAACAGAUCAAAGCGCCAUUGAUGAGUAGAAUGAGUAACUUGGGAUUCAUUUUGGGAACAUUCAUUGAUAUUUACACUUGAACCUCAUCUUUGAGAGGGCAACAUAUUUGGUUUUGCAAAGGGCUAUUCCCUUGAAACGUAUUAAGUUUUUGGGAUACUUUUCACGGGGCACUAAGGCCAAGACCAGGGCAACAGAGACCAUGUCCUUCGUGGCUUCAUUGCUUAAUUGCGUAGUGAUAUGCCUGAUAAAAGCGCUGUGUAAACCCAGGCUGUGUAGGAUGUCAUUGGGUUAUUGAAUCUGAAUAUAGGAGACAACUCCAAUGUUGACGAACCGUUCAAUUUAAUUCAUGUUUAUAUAAGUUUACUUAAUCAUCAGGGAUUAAAGAAAAACAUUUUGGUUUUUACGCUUAGACCGAGGCAGUUUGAAUUCUUACUCGCUACUCGGUAUUCGCUGCUUAAGAUUUGAUCUGCCUCUAGCUAUCGGACUAACUGGAUGGUCUAGAAGUAAGACAUCUGCUCUAGCAUUUUGGUACUGGGUUCAAACCCCACCCAAGUCAUUUGCCUUUGGAUUUUGUUCACAGAACUUGGGAAAGUACUGAGUAAACAGAGCUUAAUUCACAUUGGUGUAAGGGUAAAACUAAACUCAUUUGAUUCAUGUGAUGUACAAUGUUACACAUUUUGAAUGGUGUCACCAAAACCAUUGAAAAUCCACAAAAAUAGAGUUUUUGUUAUUUUGAGUUUAAUUGCUUUUUUAUAGCAGUGUUGUAACUUUAAUCAAAGCUAUACACAAAUGGGGAAAAUCAUGUAUAAGAGAUGACUGUUUAGGCUUAAAUAUCUUAUCUGAAUUGACAUAUUUUUUAAAGAAAAAAGGAAAAAUUAUUUUCAAAAAAAAAAAAAAAGAGCUUAUCAUAAUGUGAAUUAUUUAUCUGACUACAUUAUAUGUAGAUUGCCAUGGUAGAGUAAAUCAAUGUAAAAACAUUCUUCUUGUGCUCAAUAAAAGCUUCUAAGUUGUAUUAAA